AUGAGUGGAAGUGCGAAUUCAGGCUACAUGUCCAGUGUGAGAAAAGCGUCGGUUUAUAGGCAUGAGCUUCCCAUGAGAAUCCAUGUUUCGAAAUCAAGCUCAAACCCAGGAAGAAGAUAUUGGAAGUGCAAAUUUUGGGGGAAUGUUGAUGAUUGUCAUCUAUUUCAUUGGGAUGAUGAACUGUUUCAAGGAAAACAAGUUGAACCUAGAUUCCACGAAGGUUGCUCUAAAUGUGUAAACAUGAAAAUGGAUAUGAAGAAAUAUGGAGGUGAGUUUGAGAAAGAGUUUGGUCAUGAGUUUGGGAAGGUAUUCAAGAAUAAGAAAAUAAAGAAACUAAAGCUGAAGGCUGCAAAAGAUCACAAGACCAUUCAAACACUUACUUUUGUUCUUGUUGCAUCUUGGUUGUUUUGUAAUAUGUAG